AUGUCUACUAGAGACUUCCCCCACUCAUUCAAAGACGCCUUUUGUGGGUGGUAUUCGAAGGUGCCAGGAGAAUUGGCCUUAACAAAAGCCCAGCGAGAGAGAAAUACCGGGAUUUCGAGUGAAGAUGACGACGAAAGGGUAGCAGUUGAAAGAGUCCAAUUCAAAAACUUGUGGCCAGCAUUUGUCUCGGGCGCUGGUCUUUUUUCAGAUGGCUACGUGAACAAUUCAAUUUCGACUGUUACAACUUGUUUAUCUAUCAUUUAUGGUGAAACAUACACGAAUUCGAACGCCAUCUCAAACGUCGCAGCCAUUGCAUUUGCUGGUAUUGUCUUUGGUCAGUUGUCCUUCGGGUAUAUUUCUGACCAUUUCGCAAGAAAAGGCGGGAUGCUCACUGCAAACAUCUUGCUUAUAGUGUUCACGAUCCUCUGUGCGGUAGCUACUUGGGGUAAGACCCCUGAGGGUAUGUUUGCGGCUCUCACUACAUUCCGCUUCUUUUUGGGUAUUGCUAUUGGAGCCGAAUAUCCUACGGCGUCAGUAAUUGCAUCUGAGUUUGCAAAUCAAUUGCCCGUAGGCCACAGAAAUAGAUACUUCAUUUGGUUCACGCAUUCAUGCGUGGAUUUGGGCUACGUUGUGGCAGCUUUUGUACCAAUGGUUUUGUUGUGGAUCUUCUCCGAAAGCCGCUUGGAAGUUAUCUGGAGACUCACCUUGGGGCUUGGUGCUGUACCAAUUAUUGCGCUAUUCUUCAUGAGAAGAAAGAUUAAGAACUCUGAAUCUUACGAGAAAACAAACAUGAAGUCGGUGAAAAAGUUUCCCUGGUUGCUCGUUAUCAAAUUUUACUGGUUUCGCUUGACCAUCAGCAGUCUCAUCUGGUUUAUCUACGAUUUUUCUGCUUAUGCGUUUGCAUCUUAUUCCUCCUAUAUUUUGAGAAUCAUUGUGCCUGGUGGAGACUUGUACAAAACAUUCGGCUGGACCGUCGUUUUCAAUCUCUUCUACUUGCCCGGAACUCUUAUUGGCGCUCUCUUUGCAGACUAUUUUGGACCAAGACUCACAAUGGUCGCUGGUCUUGUUGCCCAAGCUGUCAUUGGCUUUGGCAUGACUGCUGGGUUCGAAACCUUGCAAAGAAAUAUCGGUAGCUUUGUGGCAGUGUACGGUGUCUUUACUGCUCUUGGUGAAUUUGGCGCCGGGAACAACACGAGUGUGUUAGCAUCAAAAACGUCUGCGACUCCUAUCAGAGGGCAAUACUACGGUAUUGCUGCUGCAGUGGGUAAAGUUGGUGCUUUCGUAGGGACUUACCUCUUUCCUGUGAUUAUGAGGAAUCAUGGUGGUAUUGAUUCCAACGAGGGUGUCAAAACCACCUUCUACGUGGCUUCUGCAUUGUGUCUCUUCUCCGCUUUUCUCGCUUUAUUCUUCUGUCCUUCCGUCGGGCAAGAAGCCAUUGAUGAGGAGGACAGAAAAUUUCUCGAAUACUUGAAGGACAACAACUACGAUCUUUCAUUGGUGGGCGAUGGUUCACUUGUGGAAGACCUCACAGAAAAAGGUGAGCGUAUGCUGGACAACUCCACGAAGUCUGACCUUCAUGUUCUUGUGUCCGAAGCUGCGCUGACUUCAAAGAAGAAUUAA